AUGGAACAAUCCGUUGAACUCAAUCUAUCGCUGAUGAAAUGGCGAUUGGUGCCUGAAAUGAAGUUGGAGCGGUAUACAUCACUCAAGGUGCUUAUUUUUGGAGCUGGUACACUUGGAAGUAAUAUAGCGCGAUGUCUGAUGGGAUGGGGCGUAAAGAAGAUCACGUUUGUCGACAACUCGUUUGUAAGCUACAGUAAUCCAAUAAGACAGUCGCUGUCGGAAUUUACGGAUGCCCGGGAAGGUCGUGGCAAGGCUGAAACGGCGGCAAGUGCACUGCGACGAAUAUAUCCGAGUAUAGAAGCUGAAGCGGUUCUGCUAACAGUGCCAAUGCCUGGUCACACGGUUGCUCCUAGCGAAGAAGCUGCUCUGGCAAAAGAUGUGGAGACCAUUGAACAAUUGGUGUCCACCCACGACGUCGUCUUUCUUGCUCUGGAUAGUCGAGAAGCCCGAUGGUUGCCUACUGUAUUGGCUACUAAGCAUGGCAAGAUGGCGUUCAGCGUUGCCCUCGGAUUCGACAACUAUGUUGUAAUUCGGCACGGCGUGAAAAAUGGCGAUAGUGCAGAGGAGCAGUCUUCUUCUUCAGGAGGGUGGGAAAAAAUCCACUGCCCCGGUGUGCCUCUUCAAGCCAGUCUACGUUUUCUUCAUGUGAGCCGCGCAGGACUGUCCAUGAUAGCGUCGGGUGUUGCCGUUGAGCUUCUGUCCUCCGUACUGCAGUACUCCAAUCCAUUGCGUGCCCCAGCAAAUAUUGGUGAACCAGACGAUUCAACUUCCUUGCUGGGCGCAACCCCGCAUCAAGUCCGCGGAUAUUUGUCCCGUUUCAGCCAGGCAGGCAUUAAUACAAUAGAUUCCAUUAUAAUCUCUUCGACCUUCCUAAUUUUGUCCAUUCAGAUGACUCCCUGUGUGCGGCGUUUUGAGAAAUGUGUCGCUUGUGGGAACACAGUGGCUGAAGAGUAUGCCAAUAGAGGCGCAGAUUUCGUUAAAGAGGUACUGGUUUCAUCUUUAGCUUGA